AUGUAUCGGCAGAUACGAGUUGCUUUGUGUCACACACCAUUUCAACGAAUUUUCUGGCGGAACAGCCCCACUGAAUGUCUUCGUAUUCUGGAGCUGCUAACAGUUACGUACGGGACAGCUUCGGCCCCAUUCCUCGCCACCAGAUGCCUUAAUCAAUUGUGCUACGAUGAGGGUGACCGAUUUCCGAUUGCGUCUAGAAUCAUUCUCGAAGAUUGUUAUGUCGAUGACAUCCUUUCCAGAGCCGAGAGCGUGGAAGAGGCCAUAGAAGCUCAGCACCAACUGCAAGAAUUACUCCAACUUGGUGGAUUUCCUGUUCACAAGUGGAGCUCAAAUCGUCCGGAAGUGUUAACCCAAAUUCCGGAAGAAAAUCGAGAGAAAUGCCAGAUCGUACUUGCUUGGCUAUGCAAGCCACUGACAUCUCUUCAAGUGUUUGUUCGAAACCGAGUUGCUGAGAUCACCACUAGAACCAAGAACUUCACCUGGAAGUAUAUUUCCACCAAGGAAAACCCCGCCGAUAUUGUGUCGAGAGGAUCGCUUCCAAACUCUCUGAUUUCUAACGAGUUGUGGUGGAAGGGUCCGCCUUUCCUGCGAUUAAUCAAUUUCGAAACUCAACCACCUGUUCAAUUACCUGAUGAAGAUUUACCCGAGCUGAAAUUGACUGCCUAUGUGUCUGCUGUCACCUAUAAUGCUGAUAAUCUUCCUGUAUUCUCUAAGUUCACUUCAUUUCGGAAACUGCAGAGGAUGAUCGCAUAUGUCCUGCGUUUUAUCUCUAAUUGCAGAAUCAAGGACCCUGAGCUCCGUAAACUGAAAUGCCACUUGACUGUACCCGAAUUACGCGAAUCGUUGAUUGUGAUCGUCAAGGUGAUUCAACAUGAACGUUUGGCUGACGAGAUAAACCGCAUAAAGAAUAAGCAGUCAUGCAAGAGACUUGCAUUACUGCAUCCCGUUUACCAGGACGGACUGCUAAGAGUAGGUGGAAGACUGGACAAUUCACCUAUAUCAACCAUGGCCAAACAUCCGUAUAUUUUGCCAAGUCAUCCGAUUGUCGACCUUCUGAUACGAGCAUACCAUCAGGAGAACCUGCAUGUUGGGCCAUCUAGUUUACUAGCGAUUCUUCGAGGACGGUUCUGGCCGAUAAAUGGCAAAUCAGCUGUGAGGAAAAUUACCAGGAGCUGUGUCACUUGCUUUCGUGUGAACCCAGUGAAAGAAAGUCAGCAAAUGGGAAAUUUGCCAUCAUUCCGCGUGACACCCGCUUAUACUUUUGAAGUGACUGGUGUGGAUUACGCGGGUCCUGUUUAUGUAAAGCAAGGCGAACGAAGACCGGUUGUAGAGAAGGCAUACAUUGCUGUAUUUGUGUGUAUGGUUACCCGGGCUGUGCACUUGGAAUUAGUGUCAGACAUGACCACCUCCGCGUUUAUUGGCGCAUUGCAACGGCUCACGAGUCGUAGGGGUGUACCACGAGAAAUGCACUCUGAUAAUGGAUCAAACUUCCGAGGCGCCAAGGCGGAACUGAAUGAGCUGUUCAAACUGUUCCGGUCUCAAACUGCGGUUGAUCAAAUAGAAGGUUUUUGUCAGCCAAAGGAAAUCAUCUGGUCCUUUAUUACACCUGAGGCACCACACUUUUUUGGUCUGUGGGAGGCGGCCGUCAAAAGCGCAAAAUAUCACUUGGAACGUACGCUGAAGGAUGCUCGCUAG